GUACAUGUCAUACCAACCGCUGCCUUCACCGGCACACGGCGAUCACGAAUCUACGUUUGCGUCACCGCGUUCCUCUACAGAGUCUCUUCGCGCCUUAGAAUAUUCUGAUGGCCUGCAAGCAAUACGUCCUGGACGGAGUCGGGGAUACUCAAUAUCCUCUGUUGCGACAUUCGAUUUCCAGAACAAUCUUUUACCCUUGAGCUUGACGACUGAGCUUGAUGAUGAAAAAGAAGUGGUGGGAGAACGUACCAUAGGGUUGUUCCAUGCGAUUGCACUUGUUGUCAGCUUGCAAAUUGGGUCAGGUAUCUUUUCGUCUCCCGGUGUGGUUUUCGCGAAUGUCGGCUCGGUGGGGGCAAGCAUGAUUGUGUGGUUGCUCAGCGGGAUAUUGGCAUGGACAGGAGCCAGCUCAUUUGCAGAGCUUGGUGCCAUGAUUCCGCUUAAUGGAGGCGCCCAGGCCUACCUUGCGUAUGCCUACAAUCCCGUCGUGUCAUUCAUGUUCUCUUGGACUGCGAUAGCUGUGCUGAAGCCCGGUGGGAAUGCUAUCAUAGCAUUGAUAUUUGGAGAAUACAUGAACAGGCUGUUCUAUGGACAAACGCGCCCCGACAGCCCUCCUGAUGCCAUUCCAAUUUGGGCCACAAAACUUACGGCAACCGUGGCGGUGGCUCUGGUUUCGCUUGUCUGUCUCAUCAAUCCCAAGUCGGGAACUGGCGCUGCUCUGGGAUUUACGUUGAUGAAGAUCCUAGCACUUUUUGCAAUCUCGAUCAUGGGAAUUGUACAGCUUGCUCGCGGGAAAGCGUCUCCCUCUCUCCUGACAGACAUUUUCGAAGGCACGUCUCCAAAUCCAUCUUCAUGGGCGAUUGCGGCCUAUUCAGGACUUUGGGCAUUCGACGGCUGGGAUCAAACGAAUUAUGUCGCGGGAGAGAUGAAGCAUGCCGAGCGGAAUUUGCCGCGGGCAAUCCACAUCAGCAUGUUCACGGUCAUUAUCCUUUUCCUGUGGGCAAACGUCAGCUACUUCAUCGUGCUCGAUAAGGUGACCGUGGGCCGGACCAACACCAUCGCUCUGGACUUCGGGAGUGUGCUAUUUGGCAGAGUCGGUGGCAUUGUAUUCUCCAUCAUGGUUGCGCUUUCCUGUUUUGGCGCACUGAAUGGGUCGUUUUUUACUUCUGCUCGACUUAUCUAUGUGGCCGGGAAAGAAGGUCACUUGCCAUCACUCUUUGGGAAAUUGCAUCGCACCAGAAAGACGCCCGUGAACGCUAUGAUUCUGCAGGCAAUUCUUACCUGUGGCUUCAUCUUGGUUGGGGGCGGAUUCCGCAGCUUGAUCAACUUCUACAGUGUUGCUGGGUGGAGCUUCUACGGUCUGACCGUCAUGGGGCUGAUUGUUCUGCGGGUGAAAGAGCCACAUCUAGAGCGACCGUACAAAACUUGGAUAAUAACGCCAUUGACAUUUUGUGCUGUGGCACUGUUUCUUCUAUCUAUGCCCGUUAUCGCCGCGCCUUUAGAAGCUCUGGCGGCGGUCGGUUUUAUCCUUUUGGGCCUACCGGUAUAUUUCAUCACCCAGCGGCCAAACGAGCGCAUUCAAGAAGCUUCUUCAGUCUUGUCAAGAAUGAAAAAUAUGGUUGCAUCCUGUUUAUCUUGUUUCUCGCGUGGCCAGAGCAAAGAGCGGGUUCGAACAGCGACGAACACAACCGAGGAGCGAGUGGAGAUGAUUGAGCGCCGAUAA